AUGAGAGGCCUUUCCAACGACCAUCUGUCCUGCUGCGUGAACUCUUUGCUGCAGACCUUCUCCGCUACAUGGGAACUAGCCGACAUACUGGAAAAGUGGGACGCAGCUGGUGUGAGCGUGGAGGGUCGUAACGUUCCUUUGGAGCUAAAAAGAGUUCUUGUGGCCAUGCGGGCUGACCUCCAUCAGCCUGCACCGCAUCGCAACUUCCUCCACUGUCUGGACCGAAACUUUAUCAGACUUAAUUUUCAGCAUGAUGCUGACGAGGUGUUCCUCUCCAUUCUGAACCUGAUGCAGCAGCAGAUGGAUAACAAAGCUCUGGCUCUUGAAAUCCAGAAUCUGUACAAGAUUUCGGUGGAGACGGAGCUGCAGUGUUCGGAGUGUGACUUCGUCCAGACCCGAAGCAGCUUCUUGCUCAGCCUGCCUCUACACAUCAAGGAAGAUCACAACUCUCUGGAAGAAUGCAUGAGCUCCUUCUUUGAGCGCCAGGAGCUGUCGGGCAUAAACUGCUGCUUCUGUCCACAGUGUGAAACCAAAAGGCCAUCCAGACAGGUGAAGCUCAGUUUAAAGGGUGUCAAACUCUCUUCACUGCCUCGUAUCUUGUGCGUCCACCUGGAGCGAUUUCGGAACCGGCGAGGUUUCCCCCGAAAACUGGACUGCACAGUUUCUUUCCCAGAGGCCUUUGACUUUUCAGCGAUUCGGAAGGAGGCUUUUUCAGCUGACUUCAAACAGACCGCCUGCAGGUACACUCUGUUUGCAGUGGUAGUGCACUCUGGGAGCACGAUGUGUGGCCACUACACCGCCUACGUCCACGACCGGGGCAGCAGGCGCUGGCACUAUGCGGACGAUAGCCACGUACAGCAGGUAUGUCCAUUCAGGCGAAAGCAGGCACUAAUUUUCCUUCCUUCGUAG